AUGAAAGAAAUGGGAUUGGAAAUAAAUAUAUUCAAGUAAUUUAAAUAUAUAAUGAAAGAGUUGAAGAAAAAAAUUUCAAUCGAAAUUUUUACUCUCUAAACUUUUGCCUCUCUUUGAAGUAAAUAAUUUUUGUUGUUUUAUUCAAAUUAUGUAAAAGGGAGAGCUUCAAGCCAGUAUUGUUUAUAUUAACUUAAAAAAACAUUUAAAUUUUUAUUGAAAUAGAAUUUAUUAAUUAGAAAAAACUUAUUAAUCCCAUGUAUAUUAUAGAAAAGCAAGCAUAGAAAGAUAAUUAUAGAAUUUCAAUGCUUUAAAACCCAAAAAACUCAUCAUUGGGAUUAAGAAUGAUAUUUUUAGCUUACUUAAAGCUAUUGCUUCUCUAAUUUUUAUCGAUAAGAGGUAUGGGGAUUUCAGAAAUUUGUGUUUGUGGGCAUGUUUAAAGUGAAAAUGAUUGUAAAAACUCAGGUUUUUGUAUAUGGCAGAAUGAUGCUUGUAUUUUAAAAUUUGGUUAAACAUACAAUAAGAUAGGCUAGGAUUCGAAUUCAUGCAAGAAUUAUGCAAAAGAAGACUGUAGAGAAUAAAAGUAAUGUGGAUUUUAUUUGGGUUAAUGCAACACAUUUUAGGAUUGCAGCGUAUUCAACAAGGAUCAUUGUGAAGAAUCAUCUUACAGAUGUGUAUCUGAUUCCAAAAAGUGUAUUGAAAGAUAGGAAUGUAAUAAUUACAAAACGUUAUAUGAAUGUGCAAAUAAAAAUUAGAAUGGAAAAUACUGUUUUUGGGUUUAGGAAGUAGAAAGAAAGUGUCGAGAUGCUAUUAUCUGUGAAGAAUUACCUAUUUAUUUAACAAGCCAUAUCAUGUGUAAGGAAGCUCUUUAGGGUUGUACUGUAAAUGAAAAAGGGUAUGGAUGUAUUAAAUAGAUGGACUCAUGCACUUAAUACUAUAAUGAUUUUUAAUGCAUAGAAAGUAAAUCAGAAAGUGAAAAUUGCUUCUGGGAUUUAAAAAAUAGUAAAUGUGUUUCAAAGGUAUGUGAAAAUUUACCAUUUUCUUAAGAUUACGAAUGUAAGUCAUAUUUGAGUUAAUGUACAUCAAAUGGAAUCCACUGCAUCAAAAGAAGGUAAUGUAUUGAUGCUUAGAAUAAAUUUGGAUGUGUUACAGAUGCUGAGGGAAAUAAAUGUGAAUUUCAUAAAAAUUAAUGUAAAAUAAAGACUUGCGACACUGCUCUAGAUUAUUAUACAAAUUAUCAGUAAUGUUAGGGUUAUGACAACUUUUUGGAUUGUGUUACAGCUGAAAAUGGAGGUUGUAAAUAAAGACCUUAAAAAUGUGAUGGUUAUGGAGCUGAAGUUGAUUGCUAUUCCAUAGAAGAAUAGGAUUGUAUCUGGUACAAUAAUAAAUGUGAAAAAAGACAAUGCUAACAUGCUCCAGUCUUUUAUAAUCUAGAUGAUUGUAUGCAAUAUGGAAAUUGUAUAGGAAAAAUUGGUGGUGGAUGUCAAGAGACACCAUAAAUUUGUGAUUAGAUUUUUGAAGAAUAGUUUUGCAAAUUUAACUAUAAUAAAGAUAAAUGUAUAUGGCUCGACAACGAAUGCACAUUAUUAGAAUGUAAUAAAUUGAAAUUGCCAACUUUUUUUAAUCAUCAAAUAUGCUAAAAGGCAAGUUCAUAUUGCACCUUUAAUCUUGAGUAAUUUGGUUGCGUGGAUUAUGUAUGUGAAAAUAUUGUUGAAACUGAGUUAUGCUCAAUCGAUUCAAAUGGAACAGUUUGCACCUUGAAUUAAGGAUGUAUUGAUAAAAAAUGUUAGACUGCUCCUCCAACUUAUGUGAGUAAUGAAUAAUGUGAAGAAUGGUUACCAUAUUGCACAGUUAAUGUAUAAGUUUUAUAACAAGAAAAAAUAUUGAUUGGGUGUGUGAAUAAAUAUAAUGAUUGUCUAUCUGCUCUUGAAGAACAAUGUUAGUCUACGUUUUCAGGUAUUAAUUGUAAAUGGGACAGCGUUGGCUAAAAAUGCCUUUAUAAAGUUUGUACUGAUGCAGAUCCUAAUUAAUAUUUAAAUAAUGAGGAUUGCAAAUAAUUUAAGGUGAUAUCGGGUACUUGUAUAAUAGGAUCUUCUAACUUUGGAUGCUAAUAAUGGCCAAAUAAUUGUUAUCAAUUGAUAAGUUAACUUUAAUGUUAAUUAAAUCUAUAAGAUGGAACAAAGUGUUUUUGGACUGGUAGUUCAUGUAAAAUAUUAGAAUGUACAGAUGCUUCUAUAAUUAAUUACACUAAUAAUAUUGAAUGCAACUCCUGGCUAGAUUAUUGUAUUUAUAAUUCAAUCUCAGGAGGUUGCAUGAAUAGACCUGCUUCUAAUGAUUGCACAUUAUCUCCAAAUGAUAAUAUGUAUGAUACUCAUUAAGAAUGUAUAGCAUGGGAUCCUAAAUGCACUGUCGUUUCCACUUUUAAUGCAGAAGGGUGUGAAUAAAAGAAGACAAACUGCUUUGAAUUCAUUAGGCAAAGAAAUUGUAAAACAACUUUAAGUGGCUAAAAUUGCUAUUGGGAUGAUAAAGAACAAAAAUGUAAAGAUGAAUAUGAUGAUAAUGAUUGCAAUAAGAGAAUUUAUGGAGAUUUAUCACACCAAGAUUGUGAAAAAUUCCUAUCUAAAUGUACAGUUAGAAAAAUUUAAACGUCCUGCAAAUCUUUAUCAAAGUAUUGCGACUAUUUAUUAGAAUAACAAUGUGUAAUCACAAUAUUUUAAUAGCCUUGCAAAUGGGAUUUAAAAAAUUAACGAUGUAAAGAUGUAGAGUGUUAUGAAAAUAUCACAGCUGAAACUGAGGCUGAAUGCUUAAAUUUCAGAAAAUAAAACUAGUGUUAAUUAAAGAUUUAAACUGAUUAGACUUAUGGACCUGGUUGUGAAUCAAGACCAUUCUAUUGUGAAUAGAUUACAAACCAUAUAAAAUGUAAAUUAACUCUAACAUUAUAAAAUUAAAGAUGCUAUUAUUUCGAUUUUAAGUGUUAAGUUGUACAAUCUAAUUAAUGCGAAGUUAUUUAAGAUAGUAAAAGUAAUGAGGUUUGUCAAUUAUACAAUCCCUAAUGUAUUCUUUAACCAAGUGGAUAAGGAUGUUACUCAAUAUUCGGAUGUUCAGAUUUAUCAAAUAAUGUUUGUAACAAUGCCAUUAUGAAAUUCAAUAAUAAGUGCAAAUAUUCUGAUACUUGUCGCCUAGAUGAUUAUUGUUAUAAUAAAUACGCAUCAUUGAGUACUUGUUAAGACAAAAAAACACAAUUAGGAUAAUUAUGUUACUAUCGCACUUAUUGUUAUUAUGGUUGUUCUCGAUAUUGUGAAUAAAAAACAGGAAAAAAGUACUUACAAUUUGAACUAUCUACAUCAUUUUCAGAUAAAAGUAAAUUAUGCUAAGAAUAUUCAUCAAAUUACAAAUAUGAUACAAAUUGCAAUUGUUGUGUAAUUAUGACUUCUUGUACCCAACAACAGGGUGGUUAAUAGUUAUGUAAUUCUUCAACUUCUAAUAACAAAUGUGGAUAUAAUUUUUAGACUAAUACAUGUGAGACCAGGAAAUGCGAACAUUUAACUUAUGUAAAUUAUGCUGUCAUUUCAGAUUAAAUUUGUUAUGAUUGGAAAUAUAAUUGUGUUCUUGAUGCUACUGGUUGUACUAAUUAUACUGGAGAUUGCACAUCAAUUAAACUAAUUUAUCAAUGUUACUAAUAAUAAUGCUUUUGGUAAGAUGGUAAAUGUGUUAAUCAUGUUGAUUGUCAAGUUAACACAACAGCUGUUUUAAAUCGUGAAUGUCUAUUAGUAAAUGCUGAAAACUGCAGAUUGAAUUACACUUAAGGUUUCGGAUGCUCUUUUUUUGAUUGUAGCAUGAUCAAAAAUUUAAUGAUUUGUAAUUCAACAAAGCUUGUUGAUGGAUAAAGUUGUAAUUGGAUUAAUGGUUUGUGUAAAAGCAAAAUUUGUUCCAAUUUUACAAUAUAAUCCGACUGCGAAAGUAGCUAUGAAUAAUAUUCAAUAGUAACCACUAAAUGUUUUUGGUGUAUAUAUAAUACUACCAAAUGCUCAAAUUAAUAAUACUGUAGUUUAAGUAGUAUGAUUUUACCAAAAUCUCAUUAAGAUUGCAACAGUUAAAAUUUCUAACAUACAAUUGAUAUUUCAAUGUCCUCAAAAUGCACAAUAAAAAAAUAACUUUGUUCAGAAUACAUUUACGAAGAUGCCUGUGUUAGCACAAUAGAUGGUGUAGAAUGUUAGUGGAAUUCUAAUAUUUGUAUAAAUAUCUGUUAAGCAGCAAUUUUUAAUCCUUUUUCUACAAACUUACAGUGCUUUAAUUGGCAUUCUGAUUGUAUGUCAAGCACAGGCUCCUAAUGCGAACUCUUAGAUUGUUCAAAUUUAGCUAUAAUCGAAGAUUGUACUAUUUAUACUAAAAAGUGUUUUUGGGAUGGUUCGAUCUGUCAAACUAUUGGUGCUUGUAACAAUUAUUUUACUAAUGAGUUAUGUUUAAAUACUAAAAGUUCUAAAGGAAUUCCAUGUUUUUGGAAUAAUACAUAAUGUAUUGAAAAAACUUGCUAGAAUAAACCUACUCCAUCUUCAUCUAACUUGGAUUGUGAUAGUUGGCUAAAAAACUGCUAAUUUAAUAUAAAUACUAAUUAAUGCGUAGAAGAUUGUACAUCAGCUGAUAUUUCAUAUAUCACACAUAAUUAAUGUGAUUCAUACUAUGACAACAAAAGUUGUACUGUCAAGCUUGAUAUAAUUUAAUGUGUGUACCUUCCUGUUUCAUGUAAUUUAGCUAAGAAGACAUAAUGUUAUAUUGAUAGAGUGGGAAAUUAAUGUUACUUUGAUUUAACAUCAAAUAAAUGCAUUAUUUUGACUUGUACAAAUUUAUCAGCAUCUUUUAUCACUCAUAAAAGUUGUAAUGAAAAAAAAUAAGAUUGCACAGUAAAUACCACUUUGAAUGGAUGUUAAUAAUUGAAUGAUUGCAGCAGUUAUUUAAUUCAAGAAUAAUGCUAAAUCGAUUCAAAUAAAACUGAAUGCGAAUGGAUUUUAAGUCAAAAUAAAUGUAUUGAUAAUUAUCAUUAAAUCACCGUACUAUUAAGGAAUGUUCAACAGCCUAAUUGAUCACAUUUUCAGCAUUUAGUUGUCAUCAGUAUUUUGGUGAUACAUGUACUGUCAAUUCAAAUUUAGAUGGAUGCAAUAUUGGUUAAUUGUCAUGUAAGGACUACACGUAUCAAUAAUGCAUCAGUUCUGGGUNUUUACCAAAAUCUCAUUAAGAUUGCAACAGUUAAAAUUUCUAACAUACAAUUGAUAUUUCAAUGUCCUCAAAAUGCACAAUAAAAAAAUAACUUUGUUCAGAAUACAUUUACGAAGAUGCCUGUGUUAGCACAAUAGAUGGUGUAGAAUGUUAGUGGAAUUCUAAUAUUUGUAUAAAUAUCUGUUAAGCAGCAAUUUUUAAUCCUUUUUCUACAAACUUACAGUGCUUUAAUUGGCAUUCUGAUUGUAUGUCAAGCACAGGCUCCUAAUGCGAACUCUUAGAUUGUUCAAAUUUAGCUAUAAUCGAAGAUUGUACUAUUUAUACUAAAAAGUGUUUUUGGGAUGGUUCGAUCUGUCAAACUAUUGGUGCUUGUAACAAUUAUUUUACUAAUGAGUUAUGUUUAAAUACUAAAAGUUCUAAAGGAAUUCCAUGUUUUUGGAAUAAUACAUAAUGUAUUGAAAAAACUUGCUAGAAUAAACCUACUCCAUCUUCAUCUAACUUGGAUUGUGAUAGUUGGCUAAAAAACUGCUAAUUUAAUAUAAAUACUAAUUAAUGCGUAGAAGAUUGUACAUCAGCUGAUAUUUCAUAUAUCACACAUAAUUAAUGUGAUUCAUACUAUGACAACAAAAGUUGUACUGUCAAGCUUGAUAUAAUUUAAUGUGUGUACCUUCCUGUUUCAUGUAAUUUAGCUAAGAAGACAUAAUGUUAUAUUGAUAGAGUGGGAAAUUAAUGUUACUUUGAUUUAACAUCAAAUAAAUGCAUUAUUUUGACUUGUACAAAUUUAUCAGCAUCUUUUAUCACUCAUAAAAGUUGUAAUGAAAAAAAAUAAGAUUGCACAGUAAAUACCACUUUGAAUGGAUGUUAAUAAUUGAAUGAUUGCAGCAGUUAUUUAAUUCAAGAAUAAUGCUAAAUCGAUUCAAAUAAAACUGAAUGCGAAUGGAUUUUAAGUCAAAAUAAAUGUAUUGAUAAUUAUCAUUAAAUCACCGUACUAUUAAGGAAUGUUCAACAGCCUAAUUGAUCACAUUUUCAGCAUUUAGUUGUCAUCAGUAUUUUGGUGAUACAUGUACUGUCAAUUCAAAUUUAGAUGGAUGCAAUAUUGGUUAAUUGUCAUGUAAGGACUACACGUAUCAAUAAUGCAUCAGUUCUGGGUAAAUGAACUUAAAAAGAGUUAGUUGUUUCUGGAAUGAGGAGAAAAAUAAUUGUUAAGAAAAAAUAUGUGAGAAUGCACCUUCUAAUGCCUAAACUCAUUCAGAAUGUUCAAUAUUCCUUUCCACCUGUUAAAAAGGUGGUUGUCGUAUUAAAGGAUGUUUUGAUUAUAAUUAUGCUAUAGAUUCAGCUUGUGCAUCUAUAUUUGAAGAUAAGAGGUGUACAACAAAUGGAUAUUAAUGUAUUUUAAGAAUGGCCUGUGAAGAUGUCAAAAUGAUUGAUGGAUGCACAUAUGAUAUUCAUUUAAAUCCUUGUGUUUGGAUUGAUGAAAAGUGCUAUACGAAGACCUGCUCUACUGCAUAAGUUUCCCUUAAUAAAUAUGAAGAGUGUAAUGCUUACCUGCCAUACUGCACAGUUAAACAAGAAGGAGGAUGCACAAGAAAAUAGAGUUGCUCGGAUUACUAUAUUAAAGAGGCUUGUUAGACAGAUAGUGAAAAUUAAGAAUGUAUUUGGGAUAAUAGUGUAAAGAAAUGUUUCUCUAAUUAAUGCAUCGGUUACUGUGGAGAUGGCAUUGUUUCAAAUAAGGAUGAAUAAUGUGAUGAUGGUAAUUAUUUACCGUAUGACGGUUGUUAUAAAUGCUUAGUAUAAUGCCCAAUUGGUUGUAAUAUUUGUAAUGGUUAACAGUGUAAAGAAUGUUAGAAGAUAGGAUGGUAUUUGAUAGAAAGCGUAUGUACCUCAAAAUGUGGUGAUGGACAUGCAGUAGAUAAUGAAUAAUGCGAUGAUGGAAACAACAUUUAAUUUGAUGGUUGUUAUGAAUGUUCUUAUUCAUGCCACGAGAAGUGCUUAAAUUGUUUUCAAGGGCAAUGCUUAGAAUGUGAAAAAGGAUUUCUUGAAAAUGGACCAUUCUGUCAUCAUAUUUGCGGAGAUGGAUAUGUAGUAAAUUAAUUAGAAUAAUGUGAUGAUGGAAACCUUAACAAUCAUGAUGGAUGUAACAAUACUUGCUAAGUUGAAUAGAAUUGGAAAUGCUAAACAGAUAAUUUUAUAAGUUUUUGCUACUACGUCAUUUUACCUAAAAUUACACUGACCAAAUUAUCUAAAAAAGAUGUAAAUAUUUAAGAAAUCAAAUUAUCAUUCUCAGAACCAGUACGUUUGAAUGAAAAAGCAAUUAGUGAGGAAUAAUUUCUUUAGUUGAUUGUUAUUGAAAUAAUAAAUGCCAAGAAUAAUUAAUAUGACUUUGAAACCAAACCCAUGAUCCCAAUUAAUACUGAAUUGGCUGAUGUAGCCUAUAAAAUAAUAGUCUAUUUUAAAACUAAUGUUAAAAACCCUGUUCUAAAAGUUGCAGUAAAUAGUGAUAACAUUGUAAAUUUAUAAGAAAACUCCUUAUUCUCAAAAGAAGCAAAACUAGAAUUAAAAUCUUCUUACAAGAUCUCAACUGAUCAAUAGUCACUUAUGUUUAAGACUUCCAUGUUUAGUAGGAUUGUUUUGUAUUUAAUAUUUGUUACAAGUGGAAUUUCUUGUUUAUUUGGUAAUUUAGAAAUUUUAUGGAAUCUCCUUGAUAUGCUUUAAUAAUUAUCAUAUAUGAAGUUUCAUAAUCUUCAAUUUCCUGAUAACUUACAAGACUAUUUUGAAAUUUUUUCUAUAGGCUCUUUUACUCCAAUCAUUGAUAAAUUAUAAAUAGAUCUGUAUUUAUAAAAUAUAUUCAAUUUUUAAGCUCCAGUUAUAAAAGCAAAAUGGAAAUUUGAAUACUAUUAAAUAAAUUGUUACUUUUUGUAAACCUUUGAAACACUUCUAAUAAUGAUUCUGCUGGGAUUUACUUAUUUUAUCCUCUCAUAUUUACUUUAUAAAUUACUUAUUUUUAGCAAGUAUAACAAUUGGCCAGCAAUCUUUUAAUAAGAUCAUCCAAACUCUUCCUUCAAAGUGGUUAAAUUUAUUUUUUCCAUUUAGCGGUAUGCAAGAAAAUAUUAUUAAUAUUUUAUUUACUCUGGAUUAAUCAGAAUUUUUACAUCUAACUUUUACGAAUUGACAUUUGCAGCUAUUUUGUAAUUAGUAAAUAUUGAUACGAAGACUACUUUAAAUACAAUUAUAUUCUUUUUAGCUCUAAUUACAUUGAUAUUUAAUAUAACUUUAUUAAUCAACUUUUUUAUUUAUUUAAGCUACAAAACUAAAGUAGCCAAAACUUUAAAAGUUUUAGUGGAGGGAAUAAAAAACAAAGAAAAUUAAGGACAAAAAUAAUAUUUUACAAUAUUAUUGAUAAAAAAAACCUUAUUCAUUACAAAUUUAGUUUUAUUUUAAGGUCUUGCAGGAGCAUAGAGCAUAAUUACUGCUUGCCUAUCUGGAAUAUUCUCCUAUUAUGUUUUUCUAUAAAAACCUUUUGAGAACAAUUUUGAAAAUAUCAAAAUUUAUAUUACAGAAAUACUGAUUAUGCUUAAUGUUAUAAUCUUUUCUUUAUAUGAAAUGUUGAAUUUAAAUCAAGACUAAGAAUCAGCUCAAGUAUUAGGUUGGAUUAAUAUAGGUGGUUUCACCUUGAUUCUUAUUUUAACUUUAGCAAUUGAUAUCUAUCAAUAAUUGUUAAAAUGUUUGAAGUUGCUAAAAGGGAAGAGUUGCUUUAGAAUUAAUAGAAAAAAAUAAUUAAAAUCAAGGAUCCUAUUUUUUUGA